AUGGAACAGGAGAGACGUAAAUUAGAAUUGUACUUAUUGUUGAGCCAGAGCGCAUACGCUCUGAUAUUAGCUUUGCUAAAAGCAGCGCAAAAUGGUAGUCCGCAAAUUCAAUCGGCGAUCAAACAAAAAAUGGUGCCACUUUUUGAGGCUUUGCGGCUGUUUUUGAAGGGAAGGUCCGUUUGGCACGAACAUCGAAUGACACCGACGCCCCGCAGAAAGCUCGAACCAUCCAGAAGUAUUCGGGACAUGAGUGCUGCCUUCAGCAGAUCCAAGAUCGGCCGUGGUGCGCACAGUUCUCCGUAUUCCUAUACGGCGAUUCCGGCAGGUGGCACACCGAUGCGGCCACAUACUAGAGCGCAUAUCGAGAAGCAAAUUACUUCUCAGCGACCAAACCUCCUUCAAGUGCCGCGAAAUGCAGAAUUCAUCCAGAGUACGCACCGAGGGCAAACUCCCCUAUCAUCCGGGUUAAUGCAAACGCCUCACCGACAAGGUCUUCCCCAAAUGCCUCGGAUUCUAAUACAACAAGCUCCGCCGUCAUCUGGGCUAAUGGAGACUCCUCGCCGACAAAAUCUUCCUCAAGUGCCUCGAAUUCUAAUACAACAAAGUCCGGAAAUAAGUCCACUAGCGUAUCGGAAACAAGCACGACAAUCACCUGAGCGAUGCUAUGGAAAAAUUCAACCUCGACGCCUUGUGGAGGCGUUUGAUUCACCCCAGAACCAACGUACACUAGACGACAGUUUUCAAGAAACACAGACGCCAACACCGUUCUAUCCUCCAGACUCUUCGGAUCCUCACAAUAGGAUUCUCGAUCCCGACGAAAGCAUCGUUAUGCAACCGAACUCUCCUGGCCUGCUAAACAGCACCUUUCUAUCGGAAUAUUCGCCAACUCCCGAGGACAGUCUACAGGCAUCACAGACUCCCACGCAGUACUACAGAACACACCCAUCCUUGCCCACUCCAGAACAAAGCAUCCCAAUAUCGUCGCAAACUACAGGCGACAGUAUUCAGGUGCCACAGACUCCCGUGUCACAAUCUUCAGAUCUCCAGAACAGCCCUGUUGAGCCUCCGUCACCCUAUGAUCCCGAUGAAAGCAUCCUUAUGCAACCGAAUACCACUGGCCUGCUGAACAGCACCUUUCAAUCGCAACAUUCCCAAACUCCCGACGACAGUUCUCAGACUCCGAUGCGGUUCUACGGUACGCGCUCACCCUCGCACAGUCUGGAUAAAAGCUUUUUGCAAUCGUCGCAAUUAUCUAGCCAACGUUUUCCGGUUCUACAUAAGCUGCUCGGAGUUUUCUCCGAAACGGAUGAUAAAGCCCUCUAUUCCCAGCGUACGGUUCCGAUACUGGACGAUCCGAACUACAGAACUCGUUUGUUGCGGGAGAUUGACGAGAUGAUUGGCUUGACUUCCGAUAACAUGUACAGCUGGGGGAACGAUACGCUUGACAGUCGCCUCGGCCGAAUUGAGGUUGACGUGGGACACCUGCUGGAACAGUUUACCCGAUUGGAAAAAAGGCCGGAUGCCGAACCAAAAACUGGCGACAACGGUGAACUGAAGUCCGGUAACGACGGUGAUCCGAAGUCCGUCGGCGAUGAUGAACCGACGUCUGUCGAGGAUGGUGCACAGAUGUCCGUCGAUGUUGAAGAAACGACGAAAGAGCAGGAACCUGUUGAAGAGAAGGAAGAAAACGAUCCAAAUUCGACUAGUGAUAAAAUUACAGCUUAACAAAUUAUAAAAUAUAUGUUUUAAUCGAACUCACCUAAAAAUUGAAGACAUGUUUACGUUUUCAGUCUUUCCCACUCAAGCAGGCUGAACACAAAAAGCCACACGUUCUGCAUCAUAAUUCGCCAGGAAUAAUUAAAAAGGCCGACAAAUCUAAUCUCGCCGGCUUUUGCCGUUCACUAGCGAAAGGGUUCGUGACUUGGCGACCGGAUAUACAAUGCAUCAGCAAUGAUUCGUUACAGAGUUACAACCAAUAAAGUGAGGGAGACGCUAAGUAUUUUAUCGGUCAAUUUAAUUUAAUCGGUGACGCUAACCACAAUCCUCACCACCACCCAUCUGAUACUGGCAUCAUACGAUGGGGUUACACCUGUUCUGGCAGCCUCUAAAUUAGCAUCAACCGGCGUAUUGUGCCCAUGUACAGGAAUAGAAGCUUCCAGGAGUGAGCUGCAAAUCAGAAACGGAUCGAUGAUAAUAAAGCG